UAAGCGGCCUCGAAGGAAACGGAGCCCUCGAAGCACCUGAUGCAUUGUUUUUAAGCUGUUUACAACAACGUGGUACAUCUGGAUGCCUUUUCCUACGCCGACUUGACCUGCUUUUUUUGUUUUUGCAAGAAUCCUAGCGUGCAAACUCUCAUCUAACAGCCCGCGAGUGUGAUUUGUAGGAAUGUGCCUUUAAGUCGCAGGAAAAAAAACAUGAACCGAGAUGGGGCGGAGUCGCGAUGCCCUGUCACUCUUUCAAUAUUGCUCAGAUGUAUAUCUCCAGGCAAAAGUUAGCGAUUGAAGUGCGAGGGAGCAGAUUGCGGCGGAGGAGACGAGCGCUGGAGCGCCAGCGUCCGGCUUACGGAGAAGCGCUCGCCCCCGACCGAGGGGACGGACUUUGCUUCAGUCGUUGCUUGAAAUAUCUAGACCGUCGCAUUUGUCAAGGAGUGGAUUUUCCGCAUUUAAUUAUUGCUCGAGGUCACUAGCAUUGCGUGGGGGGAUCUGCUUGGUUGGAAGAGUUUCAUCUGGAUCUGCCCCGCACAUAAAAGCCUGCCGCCACAUGUUAUUAAAAGGAUUAAUAUUUUUGAUCUGAUCUAAAAAAAAGAUCUUAGGAAUACUUCAGAAUCCCAAAAACUUGGUCUCCCAUGUGGAAUAGGGCAACGCUGCAGGGGAUGAGCUGGUCGGCGUUACUUGCCCUGCUUCUCUGGGGGCUGCAGUCUCUGUCCGCAGAUCUCAGCAGACUGGCGGCAGGUUCUGGAGUCGGGACCCAGUGCGAGAGCCAGGCCUGUAACCCGCCCAUGGGAAACCUGGCACUGGGCCGGCGAAUACAGACACGGACCGUCUGCGGUUCUAACUAUACGGAGUCGUUCUGCUCUUACACGGGUCCUGCGGCGGCCGUGGGGUCCUGCCCCCCGCUCAAAUGCGACAAGUGCAGCUCGGCGAACCCCCAGCACGCCCACCCGGCCUCCGCCAUGGUGGACUCCUCCUUCCGUCACCCAGACACGUGGUGGCAGUCGGCGGAGGGGGUCAGCGACGAAUUCGUCCAGCUGGACCUGGAUACAAAGUUCUACCUCACGCACCUUAUCGUGGUGUUCCGCUCGGUCCGGCCCGCCGCCAUGGUGCUGGAGCGGUCGCAGGACUUUACGCGCAGCUGGACCACCCUCGCCUACUUCGCCGGGAACUGCACGGAAGCUUUUGAGCUGGAGGACAGAGCCCUGAAGCCGGAUGAGGUGGAGUGCACCUCCAAAUACUCGGCUCCAUUCCCCUGCACGAGGGGAGAGGUGAUUUACCGUGCCAUGCCGCCCUGGAACUCCCUGGACCCCUACAGCGAGAAGGCUCAGCAUAAACUGCUUGUCACCAACCUUCGGCUGCGACUCCUGCUGGGCCAGGAAUGUCCCUGCGGGGCGAAGGAGCUUGCUCCCGGUCCCCGGCCUAUGGGCCACUUCGCCAUCUACGACUUCAUCGCCAAGGGCAGCUGCUUUUGUAACGGGCAUGCUGAGCACUGUGGCCCCGCCCCCGGCUACCAGCCCCUUCGGGAAAGGACCAACCACGUGGUCCAUGGUAAGUGCAUCUGCAGGCACAACACUGCCGGGGAUCACUGCCAGCGAUGUGCCCCCCUGUACAAUGACCAGCCAUGGCAGCCUGCCAACGGGAUCACGGGGGCACCCAAGGAGUGCAGGAAGUGUAAGUGCAACGGGCAUGCGGCAGCCUGCCGCUUCUCCAGGACGGUGUGGCUGACCUCGGGCCGCCGCAGUGGGGGCGUCUGCAUCGACUGCCAGCACAACACAGAGGGCCGCAACUGCCAGAGCUGCAAGAGCGGCUUCUACAGGGACCCCCAGAGGCCAGCAUCAGCCCCCGACUCCUGCAAACCCUGUGACUGUCACCCGAUGGGGUCUGUCCACUACCAGCAGAGCGGGGGCGCCCUCUGCAACCCCAGCAACGGGCACUGCGUCUGCAAGCCCGGGGUGGGCGGGCUGCACUGCGACAGGUGCAUGGUGGGAUACUGGGGGUUCCUCCAGUUUGGCUGCAAAGCCUGCGCCUGUGCUGGAGACUGCGACCCCUUCACGGGAGACUGCGUGUUUGGCCCACUCAGCUUAGACCUGGAGCAUGACUACAGCCCGAGAGACAACGGCAGCAAGGGCAGGUCCAUCUUCAGGACGGACGAGCUGUUCUCCGCCUUACACUACUCAGAAAAGUGUGAAUGCAAGGAGCAGGUCCUGAGCACGCCCAAGCGCUUCUGCUCCAUGAAGUACGAUUUCGUGCUGAAAGUGAAGAUCCUGUCGGCACACGACAAGGGCUCUCACGCCGAGGUGGAGGUGAAGGUGAAGAAGAUCCUGACCCAGAACACCAAGAUGAAGCUGCCACGGGGAAGGCUCACCCUGUACCCAGAGUCCUGGACGGCACGAGGAUGCACCUGCCCCGUCCUCAACCCGGGGAUGGAGUACUUGGUGACUGGGUAUGAGGACCAGAGGAAGGGCCGGCUGGUGGUCAACAUGAAGAGCUUCGCCAAGCCGUGGACAGCCACCCUGGGCCGUAAGGUGCUGCAGUUCCUGAACAUGGACUGCAACCGGUAGAGGAGUACCUAGAGCAGAGAGAAAGAGAGAGAGAGAGAGAGAGAGAGAGGGAGGGAGAAUGAGUGUGUGGAAGAAAGUGAGAACAAGAGACAGCAGUAGUUUUGUUUCUGUGCACUGAGUCUGGGGAGGAGGGGGGCAGACGGGCCGCCAUUGUGGAACAAAAGUACACAGUGAGAGGGAUUCUGGGAAAGGAAGUAUCAGGGAAAAGAUACAAACUGAAAAGUCGGCCAACUAGAGCUUGACGAGCAAGUCAGAGGCGGAGAGCUGCAGUGAGCAGGCUCAGUUAUGGUCCCCCUCCCCCCGGGGGCCCACAGCACUCUUAGUAGCACUUUAGGACUGUACACCAAAAGGAGAACAGACAGACAGGCAGCAGACAAGCCCCCCCCCCCCAGCCUGGGAAAAAUCUGCGAGAACUCCAUAGGUGAGGGUCAUCUGGCCACGUUUGGGUGUCAGCGGAUGUCAGGGACGGUGGGAACUCGUGCGCCCCAUUUUAAACGGCAAGUCCCCGGUGCACGGGAGCACGUGCCGGGGGGGGGGACAGCGCGGAGUCAUCCUGCCGCAUCAUUAAGCCAUAACCCUCACUGGUGUCUCCUUAGUGGUGGGUCCCCAUUAUUUUGUCUAUAACUGAUGCAUUUGCAAAAAAAAAAAAAAAAAAAAAAGCAAUGCAAAGGAAUGUGCACUAUUUAAAAUGAUAAGUUGUGAUGCAAGUCUGAAGACACUGUCAGCCACUGAAACGUCCCGUGGGGAAGGAGAACAGUGAUUUAAUUUGUACAGAAAGUGUUAAUUUUCCAGUUAAAGCAUGAACUAUCUUUUUCUGCUUAAAAGCCUUUUCAAACAAGGAUGCUAGGACCCAAUAAACAUGAGGUGUAAAAAUGAAAUAUACAUAUAUAUAACGGUGUGUGUAUUCAGCUCCCUACUGAUUUUCAAAUACUCAGAGACUUUCAGAAACUUAACAUUUAAGUUUAUCGUAUUACAAUAUUGUCUCAGAAGAUAAGUGUGGGUGCCCUUGAGCCUGUUGAACACUCACAUAUAUUUACAGAACAUUUAGAUCAGUAUUUUGCUGGCAAACACACUUUAACCUUCACUGUUAUGUUUAUGGUAUUUGUUGUUUGGUAUUUUCACCUCUAAAAAAAAAUCAAGUAACCUGUCACAAUAAAGAACCACAGACUGAA